AUGGCAAAUUCUACACAGUUUUCACAUUUUAUACUUUCUGCUUAUUUUGACAGCGGGCAUUUGAAAUACUUGUUUUUCACAGUUAUUCUGCUGUUAUAUGUGGUUGUCAUUAUUUCCAACUUCUUGCUCAUCGCUGUGAUUUGCGUGAACAGGAGCUUGCACGAGCCUCUGUACGUGUUGCUGUGCAGCCUGUUUGUGAACGAGCUGUACGGCAGCGCCGGCCUGUUCCCCUUCCUGCUGCUGCAGAUUCUGUCGGACUCGCACACCGUCCCCACCUCCCUCUGUUUCCUGCAGAUUUAUUGCCUGUACACGUAUGGAAAUAUAGAGUUUGGCUCUUUGGCUCUCAUGUCCUAUGACAGGUACCUGGCCGUCUGCUGUCCUCUGCACUAUAAAACACACAUGACGCAGAACAGGGUGGCCGUCUUCAUCGUUGUGGUGUGGUUGUUCAGUUUCAUCAAAUGCAUGGUCACCGUCGUCUUCACCGCUCACCUGCUGCUGUGUGGGAACAUCAUCAAUAACCUGUACUGCAACAACUACCUGAUCAUGAAGCUGGCCUGCUCCGACCCCCAGGUCAACAACAUCUACGGGAUGGUAAAUGGUUUUUUCAGCAUCGUCACGCCCAUGACUCUGAUCCUCUUCUCCUACACGAGGAUCCUGCAGAUCUGUUUCGCCGGCUCCAAGAGGACGGUCACGAAGGCCGUCAGUACCUGCACGCCUCACCUGGCGUCUCUGAUGAACUUCUUCUUCGGCGUCUGCUCGGAGACGCUGCUGAGCCGGCUGGACAUGUCCGCCCUGCCCCAGCUGCUGCGUGUCGUCCUGUCGCUCUACUUUCUGAUCGUCCAGCCGCUCUUCAAUCCCUUCAUGUACGGGAUGAGAAUGUCCAGACUACGAAAGGCGUGUAAAAAUCUGCUCCGCUGUUUAGCGUAA